UAGCAUUCCGAACUUUAUUAGUUUGCUGUGUAUUAAAUCUUCUCUUUUGACUUUCAAACGUGAGUGCAGUUUCACAGAUCAGAAUCGAGGAAGUGGUGUCAAUACAUUUUGGUGACUAUGUGUUUCCUACAGAUGGAUCCAGUAUGGAUCUGUAUUCCCGAGACUCGACACAGGAGGAUCAGGAGAUCCCUCAGGAGGAUCAGGUCGAAAAUCUGAUUAUUAAAGUUGAAGUGAAGGAUGAAGCAGAGGAGCCGUAUGUGAGAGGCGAAGAGCCGGAUGGCCAAUACAGAAGGAUCAUCACGGAGAACAGAUCCACUACAUCUCCAGAAGGCAAAACGGAAGAUGAUGAUGUAACAGCAGAUUCCUUCAGAGAGAACCCCGCUCCCCCAAACAAACAGCCGGGGAAAUGGAAAAACAGGAAGCCCAUCUUGUGCUCCGAGUGCGGGAAGAGUUUCAAGCGCAAUUCUCAGCUAGUCCAUCACCAGCGCUGGCAUGCAGGAGAGAAGCCUUAUUCCUGUUCCGAAUGCGGUAAAGGUUACAGACAGAAGGACCAUCUCAUCCGGCACCAGAGAUCCCACUCAGGAGUGAAGCCCUAUUCAUGCUCAGAGUGUGGCAAACGAUUCACUCUUAAACUCUCUCUGGACAGACACCAAGUGGUUCACUCGGGGAAGAAGCCGUAUUCUUGCCUGGAGUGUGGAAGAAAUUUCACCCAGAAGGCUUCUCUCAGCAGACACCAAGCUCUACAUUCAGGGGAGAAGCCCUAUUCUUGUUCAGACUGUGGAAAGUGCUUCCGGCAGAAGUCAACACUUAUUCAGCACCAGCAGAUCUCCUUAAAGGAGAAGACCUUCUCCUGCCCUGACUGCGGGAAAUCCUUUGAGAAGAAGUCCAUUUUGAUUGGUCAUCAGAGAACACACACAGGUGAGAAGCCAUUUUCCUGUCCCGAUUGUGGAAAAAGCUUCGCUCUUCGGUCGACUCUUCUUGUCCACCAGACCAUCCAUACAGGCAACAGGCCGCUGACAUGUUCCCUCUGUGGUAAGGGCUUCCUGCACAAGUCGCGUCUUAUCCUCCAUCUGAGGGUCCACGCAGGGGAGAAGCCUUUCUCCUGCUCAGAAUGCGGCAAAUGUUUUCUGUUGAGGUCACGCCUAGUGGACCAUCAAAGGCGCCAUACAGGAGAGAAGCCAUAUUCAUGCUCCGCCUGUGGGGAUAGUUUCACAGAGAAGCAACUACUCGUCAUACACCAGCGGAAGCAUGCCGACAAGAGCCAGAACUCCUGCAACAUCUGUGGAAGAUGCUUCACGCACAAGUCCUACCUGGUCAAACACUGGAAGACCCACACCAGGGAGAAGCCAUAUCCCUGCCCUGAAUGCGGAAAGAGCUUUGCAGAAAAGUCACAGUUGGAUCGCCACCAGAACAUCCACACAGGCGAGAAGCCUUUCUCCUGCCCAGUGUGUGGGGAGAGCUUUCGGUGGAAGACCACCUUCAUUGACCACCAAGCCUCACACACGGGAGAAAAGCCUUUCUCCUGUGCCGAGUGUGGAAAAUGCUUCAUGCAAAAGACACAGCUUGUCAGACAUCGAAGGGUCCACACCGGGGAAAAACCUUUUUCUUGCUCGGAGUGCAGCAAGUCUUUCCGAUGGAAGGCCGACAUGGUCUCCCACCAGGCGACGCACAGAGGAGAAAAACCUUAUCCUUGUUUAAAGUGUGGCAAGUGUUUCACCCAAAAGUCGUCUCUAAACAGGCACCUAAGCAAGAAGCUGUGUGCCAAGUCAUUCUAAACUAUGUUCAUGACUAGGGUUGUCCCGAUACCACUUUUUUGAGACCGAGUACAAGUACCGAUACUUUUUUUCAAGUACUUGCCGAUA